UGUUCUUGCCCGCUUCCCAUCUUGUCGUUGACCGUAUUCGAUCCGGGUUAACAUUCUUGGGUCAUGGUAUAUUCGUUUCUGCAAAUCUGAUGCAUUGUUGGGUUUCUUCGUUUCUUUUCUGGGUUCGCCAGAUUUAGGACUCUCAUAGGCUCGGAUCUCGUUGCAUCACCGAGAAAGACAGCUCCUGAGGAAUGCCCUUUGAGAUGAGAUGCAUAUGAAGCUACGUGGACGGGUGAUUUUGAUAUAGUGGGGCAGUGUUUCGCGCGGCAUCUUAGAGGGCCGGAGGGAAUUUCGAUAACUCCGCAGCCAAGACCAAACUGUUGCUCUUGAUUUGGGUUGGAGGACGGAUUUUUGGAAGAGCAACGAUGAGGGGAGCGGUGCUGGUGGCGAUUGCCGCAACGAUGGGCAGCAUGUUGCAAGGAUGGGAUAGUUCCACCAUUGCAGGGACUGUUCUUUACAUCAAGGAAGAGUUUGAUCUGCAGGAUCAACCAACAAUAGAAGGACUAAUAGUAGCUAUGUCGCUUAUUGGAGGCACAGCUAUAACAACCUUUUCAGGACCUCUUUCGGAUUCUGUUGGACGACGUCCGAUGAUGAUAAUCUCCUCGGUGCUAUACUUCGUCAGCGGCCUAAUAAUGCUGUGGGCUCCGAGUGUGUAUAUGCUGCUCUUGGGAAGGUUAUUUGACGGCUUUGGUAUUGGAAUCGCCGUCACUCUUAUACCGAUCUACAUAUCUGAGACCGCCCCCUCUGAGAUAAGAGGACAGCUCAACACAAUUCCGCAAUUUGCCAAUUCUGGCGGGAUGUUUCUCUCUUAUUGCUUGGUAUUCGGAAUGUCACUGAUGGAGUCAGCAAGCUGGCGAUUGAUGCUCGGAGUCCUUAGUCUGCCGUCUCUGUUAUAUUUCAUGUUGACGGUGUUUUUCUUGCCCGAAUCUCCCCGUUGGCUCGUGAGUAAAGGAAGGAUGAACGAGGCCAGACAGGUUCUCCAGAGACUAUACGGGAGAGAAGAUGUUUCGGGUGAGUUGGCUCUGCUGGUCGAAGGUCUCAGCGUCGGAGGCGAAACAUCUAUCAAAGAGGUAAUAGUCCUCCCAGUGAAAGAGAUCAAUCCAUACCAGCAAGAAGGUGCAGAAACAGAUAAAAUCAGGCUAUACGAAACCCAGAUGGACUAUCCAGGGGUCGGCAAAACUCCGACUGGGCAGAAUAUUCCCAACAAUGGGUCCCGGUGGGGAAGUGUACAGAACCAAAGCGUUCCGCUUAUGGAUCCAAUUGUCACAAUGUUUGGCAGUGUCAGCGAUUCGCCUUUGCAGAGAGGAAGCAUGCUCAGCACAGUGUUCCCAAACUUUGGAAGCGUCUUCAGCACGGUGGACAACACUAAUGAUAAGAAUUUGCACUUGGAUUUGGAGACCCAGGGAGAUUGCGAUGACUAUGCUUCGGACGACGGCGGCGACCAGGAUGAGAGCUUGGAGACACCGCUUCUUUCUCCCGAGGCGAGUGCCAUAGGCAAGGACCAUGCCAAUCAGGCAUCUCAUGGAAGCCAUUUGAGCACACGACUAGCAAGCAAGCUAAUGCAGGAGGAUGCGGGCGAACCGAUCAACAGCACGGAUAUUGGUAGUGGUUGGAAGCUAGCGUGGAAAUGGUCAGGGAGAGAAGGAGAGGAUGGCGUGAAAGGAGUUAAGAGGAUCUAUUUGCAUCAGGACAGCACAGUUGAUGGUUCUCGGCAGGGGUCAGCUCUUUCGAUCUCGGGUGUCGGUUAUCACGAAGAGGGCGAAUUGAGUCGCGCAGCUGCUUUGGUUAGCCAGUCUGUUCUUUUCUCUCAGGACAUGAUGGGUCGGACUCCAGAGGGUCUAGCAACGGUUCAGCCGCCAAGAGCUGCUACUAGUGGGCCUAGCUGGCGUGACCUCUCCGAACCAGGAGUGCGUCGAGCGCUGGUUGUUGGAAUUGGCCUUCAAGUUCUUGAGCAGCUGUCGGGCAUAAACGGAGUCCUCUACUACGCUCCUCAAAUCCUCAAGCAAGCAGGUGUUGAUGUUCUUCUGUCAGGCAUGGGCAUUAGCACUGAUUCUGCAACCUUUCUGAUAAGCAGCAUCAUGACAUUCACUAUGCUACCGUGCCUAGCCGUUUCGAUGAAGCUAAUGGACGUGGCGGGAAGAAGGUCUCUCUUGCUCUCCACCAUCCCUAUCCUGGCACUGUCUCUCCUUGUCCUAGUUGUCAGCAGCAUCUUCAAUCUCGGUUCCGUCGCAUCCGCAGUAAUAUCAACCAUCGGCGUCAUGGUUUAUCAGAGCAUCUUCUGCAUGGCAUACGGAGUGAUACCGAAUAUCAUGUGCUCGGAAAUCUUCCCUACCAAGGUCCGUGGGCUGUGCAUAACCAUCUGCGCUCUCACGUAUUGGGCAGGGAACAUCACCGUAACCUACUCGCUUCCCGUAUUGCUCAACUCGAUCGGCCUUGCCGGUCUUUUCUCAAUAUAUGCUCUUGGGUGCAUCGUGUCGUGGAUAUUCGUGUUCUUGAGGGUUCCCGAGACCAAGGGCAUGCCUCUAGAGGUCAUCUCCGAGUUAUUCGCCGCAGGCGCUAAGCAGGCUUCCGGCGAUAAUGAUAGCUAAGGGGGUUGUUAUGGCACCGGGUUCCGGUUUCUUGCACACUAUCAACCGCGAGCUAUGAACUUGGAAGUCCUAGAAACUAAUGUCGAGCAUACUGAGUUCCUAGGGGGCACAUCAGUCUUAUUUUUUGUCCCAUUUUUGCAUGCAUUACAUAUCCGAGCACCC